UUUUAUUAAAGGUUUAAUUUCAUAGAAUAGCGUAGCAGCAACAAUGGCUAGUAAUAGUAAACGCUUCAAGCUGAAAUUCACAAUCCCUUCACUUCAAAUGUGCCGAUCCAAACACGACCUUAGCACUUUCCCUAUAAACCCUCUUCCCGCCAUUUACCGUCUUUCCCCAGUCAACCCCAAAUCACACCAAUCACGCCACCACCACCACCCUGCUCCGCCGCCAGCCUCACCGGAACACCACCACAGCCACCACGUGUCGUCGUCAUCAUCAAAUUCCUCGCGCUCUCAUCACAAUGCAAUAACCAGAGGCCGAAAAAGCACCUCAAGCGUUCCCUCGAAGAGGAGCAAUUUCGCGAUUGAUAGCAUCAAUGAAGAAGAGAGCGAGUCGCUAAUCUCUUGCUUAACAAGUUUCUCAGAUGAUUUCAGUCACGAUCUUAAUAAAACGGAGAAUUCUAACAGAGAUUUGACUAAUAACUGGAAAAUUAGCAGCGUGAAGAAGGUUCAGGGUGUGAGAUUGGAGAAUCGGAUUAGGAGAUUACCUGAAUCGACGAUGAUGAAGAGAUCGUCAUCGUCGGCGUCGUCGUCGGUGAAAGAGAGGUUUGCGGUGGUGAAGAAGACGUCGAAGGAGCCGUACGAUGACUUCAGGAAAUCGAUGGUAGAGAUGAUAACGGAGAUGGAGAUAUCUGCGGCGGAGGAUCUGGAGCAGUUAUUGCAGAGUUUCCUGGCUUUGAACUCUCGGAGAUAUCAUGAGAUGAUUGUGCGAGCUUUCAUGGAGAUCUGGCAGCAAAUGUUCAUUUGGAACCCUGCAUCUGUGAAAAGUCUCAAGAAUGGUGGUGUUAAAACGGAUUUGGAAGACUAGUUUAUUUAUUUAUUAUUUCAUGAAGUUUUAUUUCUUUUCAUUUUAUCAGGCGUGAGAUUAUACAAAAAAGUUUGAUUUUGUUUUGGUUUUUUUUUAGAAAGAGGAUUAAAUCAUGUAAAGGGUUGGUGUGAUUUUAUUUCUUAUAAAGACACGCAAACUUUGGUUAUAUGAACUUAGCCAAGAUUGCUCAUUGUA